CAUCAUCAGCCUGUAAAUGCCCACUGCUGAGCAAAGGCUCUUCUCUAACGGAGAAGGAUUGAGCAUUAACCACCAAGCUUCCUCAAGGCCGAUUGCCGAAAUUAAAAAUUAUAAGUUCUAUUUCCUCACUUGUUUUCCUUUACCGUACCGUCAGUGAUUUCUAAAUACUCACAGAAGGCAAAGGCGUUUUUGGAGGAAGGAAAAUCACCAAAUGACUUCUUUUGCCUAGAGUAAGGCGAGAGAGAGUGUCAGACUCCUCCUG